AUGAAGUUGUUGCCUUCUCCUUCUUGUUCUUCUUCUUCUUCCUUCUCCUCUUCUACUUUUGAUGCUCAUGUCUGCAACCCCAGAGCUGCAGCAGCUACACCCAGCUGUCUUUCGGGUAUUCUCCGCCGAAUUCUCUGCUCCGGUAGUCUUCCAACGCACCCAACUGAUCACAUCACAGAAGAAACUAGCUCAGUGAAGUCUGAUGACAAGGUUCUUCAUGCCAAGGAUUUGAAUGUCGUCAAAUCAACAAACGAGACAAAAGCAACUGCUGGAAUUGUGGCCAGACUAAUGGGUUUGGAUUCCAUGCCAGAAAUGAAGCAGAAUCAUAAUUCGCUAUUGAGGAGCCAAUCUAUGAACUCUGUGGAGCAUCUCUACAAAUACUUAGACAACAAACAUCAACAGGUUAGAUCAACGAAGUCAUUUAGAGAGGUACCGACCUUUCUUGAGCUUGAAAAUGAAGACUACUUCAUCCUUAGCUUUGAAGGAGAAAGAAAAAGUAAAGAAUUCAAACCAAAAGUAAGAAACAGUAGAGCAUUCAAGCAAAGAAAGGAAGAUGAAGACAAAUGUAAACACAGGGGAAGCAACAAAACAGAACAGUCCUAUGUGAGAAAGACAAAGAAGAAGAUAUUCGAUCCAGAAGAAGCCAAACAGUUCGUCUUAAUCGAUUUGAAAGAAAAGAAGAAAUCAAGAAAGAGAGUCUCAAGAAAUAAACCCACCUCCAGAAUUUCAACGAAGGACCGCCAUGGAAGAAAACCAACAAGAAAAGUAGAAUCAGAGUGUAGCUCCGAUGAAUUAAGCCCAGUUUCAGUUCUCGACAGCAGUGAAUUCCUACGAGAUCAAGAAGAACCAACCCAAUUAACAGGAGAUACCGCUUCGAAUUCCCCCAUAAACCCAAGAAGGAAAUUAUCAACGGAGCACGAAAUUCCUCAGAACCCAUCUCGAGACGACGACGAUUUGAUCGUCAACGGAGGAAAAAUCGCGAAGACAAAAGGGAUUGAUAAUGGGAUCCAACGGGAAAGAUAUGAAGAAGAGAUUUGUAUGAUAACUGAGAUGGAAUUAGGAGAAUCGAAUUGGAAAUACAGUAAAAUUUGUGAAGAACAUCAAGAAUUUGAAGCUGGAGGUAUAAUUGAAGGUCUUGAUUCGUAUAUUCUUGAAGGAUUGAUAGAGGAAUUUGUAGAACAACAAAUGUAUGAUUUGAUCUUCAUCUAAAGAUCAACUACUAACAUGUAAAUUUCAAAUUAUAGUUACUAAAUUCACCUGAAAGUUCAACCAAAAUCAAUGAAGGAAAAUAACAAAAAAAAAAUCCUGUUCUUGUUACAAUUUCAA